AUGAUCCUCUUUUUGACAUUCUCGCCAACCUUUAUAAUCCUCACCAUCUCCUACGAAGGCCUAUUUUACUUCUCGUUUUGUAUGACGUUGAUUACCUGGGUCAGGCUGGAGCACGCUACCUAUGUCCACGCUUCUGUGUCUCCUACCAAGCAGGAACAGGCGACCCCUCUGCCGCCCAAAAAGGAAAGCCCCGACGCCACCACGGUUGUUGAAGGUGUAACAUAUCGAUUCCGCACACUCAGCGUUUCAGAUGCUCGCGUUGCCCUGUUCUUCUUCUUCCUUUUGCAAUCUGGCUUCUUCAGCACGGGCAACAUCGCCUCGAUAUCCUCAUUCUCGCUGGACAGUGUUUACCGACUCAUCCCGGUGUUCAAUCCGUUUAGCCAGGGCGCCUUGCUGAUCUUUAAGAUUCUCAUCCCAUUCGCGAUCAUCAGUGCCAACCUAGGCAUUCUCAAUCGCCGCCUGGAGGUGGCACCGAGUGCUCUCUUCAUGGUAGUGAUGACCAUCUCUGAUGUCAUGACUCUAAACUUCUUUUACAUGGUCCGUGACGAGGGUUCCUGGCUCGAUAUCGGCACUACUAUCACCAACUUUUGCAUUGCAAAUUUCUUGUGUACUUUUGUUGCCGGACUCGAGUUUCUCAGCGAAGUAUUCAUCAGUGGGGUGGAAUUUGGACCCCGCACUAGCACCGUUACGGCUCCCAUUGCCGGCAUCGUGAAUGGGGUUGUCUCGGGGAGCCGUGAAAGUGUUGACAUUGGCUUCGAAGAUGCAAAAGAGUGA